GCCAUGAAGGGUCUCAGUGCUGUUCGGUGGUCUCUUUGUUUGGGUGGCACAGCAGCUCACAGUGUGCACACUCCAAGUCCGGGCACGUCUCCGGCGUGCUUGCCUGUUAACUCUUAAUGUGCCAGUCCCAGGUGGAUUUAGGGGACGUCGGCGGCUGGGCGCUAUAUGGCACGCGGCCGGAUGAGCGCGUUGGCAGAUUUGCAGAAGUAGACGUCGGCUUCCUUGGUGUGUUGCAACGGCAGGCUGACAAGCGUCACGGCGGCCGCGCACCACUUCUGUCUUCCCCUGAGCUUCCUGUUGCACUUCUCCUGUCUUUGUGAAUGUGGGACGGGGGAGGCGCAGGGGGGCACUUCGUCAUUUUAGGCGCAUCACACCGGACGACUCGGCUGCGGGCAGGAAGAUGAGUGCGUCAGACGACUGACAGAAACGAAAAGAGGGAAGAAGCCGCGCGCACAAGCGCUCGAGUCGCCACGAUGUUCACCAGGGCGGUGAGCCGUCUGAGCAGAAAGCGGCCGCCGUCAGAGAUUCAGGACAAUGACAGCCACGCAAGCACAAGCCAGCACGGCCCCACAGGAACAGCCCGGUGGUCGCUCUCUCUGGAACAUCUCCUUGAGGACCCAGAAGGGGUGCGACGCUUCAGGGAAUUUCUGAAGAUUGAAUUUAGUGAAGAAAACGUUCUGUUUUGGUUGGCAUGUGAAGAUUUCAAGAAAACCCAUGACUUCAAGAAGAUGCAAGACAAGGCCAAGCACAUCUACGCCUAUUAUUUAUCCAGUAAGUCGAGCACCCAGGUGAACGUGGAAGGCCAGUCCAUGCUGAGUGAGAGCAUGCUGGAGCUGCCGCACCCUUUAAUGUUUGAGAAGCUUCAGGAGCAGAUCUUUAACCUCAUGAAGUUUGAUAGCUACAAUCGCUUUCUUAAAUCGGACAUCUUCCUCAAGUGUAAGAAGAUGGAGGAGGCGCCCAGCGAGGAAAUGGUGCCCAAGAGAGCCUCCAGGAUCUACAACACGUGAGAGCCGGGCAGCGGGUGGCUGGCUGUGUGGCAGCUCUUCUGAGUUCCAGGCUCAGUUUCGCUUUGUUAUUCAGAUGAACACUGGUGAGUAUGGAGGCCUGUGUGCAGGAACACGAGGACCACCACUCCGCAUGAGCAGCAUUUCUGUCCAGUGCUCAGUAACUGGGAGGAGCAAAUUCAUCAGCGCUGCCAGACGACAUGGACUGCAGUAACAAUGGUGACUAAUCGCCUCUAGAGGAAGCAGCAUAUGGAGUUGUGCGUGUGUGUGUGUGUGUGCGUGUGUGUGUGUGUGCGUGUGUGUGUGUGUGCGUAUCCUUUCUCCCCGCGGACACCUUCCUGUCAUCCACCUCAACGGCUAAUUAAACAUGCAUGCUGUUGAUUUACUGGACAACAAAACAGACUGACGUAACAAUUGAAAACUUGACAACCCCGCGUGUGCUUGUCGUCUGACGGACUGAAUGCUCCUCCUGUGUGUUGUGCUUAAAGCUGGACGCCGCCUUCAUCACAGGUGUUCUCACUGCCAUUUUUCAACAUUGUGCGCUGUAAAUAUAUUUUCUUUUCUCAAUUUCAAA